AUCAUAACAUUCAUUACAAAACAUGUGAACACAAAGUGUCACUCAUUUACCACUCAUUUGUCUCUCACAUCACAUCCAAAGAGCGGAACACAUCUUACGAUUGAAACAUGUCUUCGGAAGCGUUCGGUGAUGUAGUGAUCGUCGGCUGCGGCAUCGGUGGCCUCAGCGUCGCCUACCAUCUGAUGAUGAAUGACUUCGCCGGUCGUAUCAUCGUAUUGGAGGCGCGACCCGUCAUCGGCGGUCGCAUCUCGUCGACGACCACCAAGUUUGAGAACCACCGCAUCGAGAUCGGCGCCAAUUGGAUCCAUGGCAUACUCGGCAAUCCCAUCUACGAUCUCGCCCUCAGACACAGACUCAUCGACCAAUUGGCCCAAACUUCUGGCAAACACUUGGUUGAGGCCCGCGCUAUGAAUGGCGCCAAAGUGGACAUCAAUCUCUUGGAGGAGGUCUACCGGACGUACGUCUACUUCAUGAAGAAGUGUGAGAACUAUUUCCAUAUCGAGGACACGGACGGAGCCGUUCGCUACGACAACUCGAUGGGCAAACUCUUGGAGGCGGACAUCGAUUCGUGGGUUAACAGUCUUAAGGAUGUGGACACUGAGGGCAAGGAAUUGCGAAAAUGCAUAUUCAAUACACUGUUGAAUCGCGAGACAUGUAUUUCCGGCUGCAAUAGUAUGGAUGAAAUGAGUUUGAAGGACUUCGGCUCCUAUUCAGAGCUGCCCGGAGGCAACACAACGAUUCCUCUCGGCUUCAAUCAAGUGCUCAACGCUUUGCUCAAUGAGAUCAACGAAAGAGUGGCCGCGAAGUCCAAGUUAGGCGACAAAUCAAACCUAAUGGACGGCAAACAGUUUAGUAUUCUUAAGUCCCAGAGAGUGACCAAAAUCAAGUGGAGAGACUUGACCGCCGACGGCAACACUCCCGCCAAAGUAGAGAUACUCUGCGAAAACGGUUCCACUUAUAUAUGCAAUCACGUGGUCGUAACCGUACCGUUGGGUGUCUUAAAGCGGGAAUCGUUGAAUUUAUUUGUGCCAAAACUACCGCAAUAUAAACUCGACGCCAUUAAAGCGCUCGGCUUUGGCGCCGUCGACAAGAUAUUCCUCGAAUACAGUUUACCGCUGAAUAACUUCAUUGACGUUAACGUCGACGAGACGAUCGUCGUGUGGGACAAACAGAAUCCGCCCAAAUGUAAAGCCCUUCAGAAGAUUUACUCCAUCUCUAAGAUCACGAACCACUUGUUGCUGAUGUGGGCGUCUGGAGACGAGGCCAUCCAUUUGGAGACAAUGGAUGAACAACAGCUCAACGAAGAGUUAACGCAGUUAUUGCAGCAGUUCUUCAACAAUAAGAAGUUCCCGAAAGCCGAUAACGUAAUUAUCACCCGAUGGGCGACCGAUCCGUACAGUUAUGGCUCGUAUUCAUACAUACCGACGGGCUCUUCGGUUCGCGACAUUGAACUCCUAUCUCAGCCCAUAUACGCCGACCCCUCCAGUGAUAAGCCAAUAAUGGUGUUCGCGGGUGAGGCGACGCACCCAUCGUUUUAUUCAACUGUGCAUGGUGCUUUCCUCUCGGGCAAAAAGGCCGCCAACUAUCUGCUCGACGCCACCGAUGAUAACGUCUCGCAGAACGAGAUCUUCAAUACAAGAAUCGCAUCCAAAAUGUAAACUAAAUAAACGGACGAACAAAAUGCAAAUAUCACUAGAAAUACUCGUUAUAGAGAUGACUUAUUUUUUGCCAAUUUAUACACAGA